AUGGCAGCCGCGGCGGCGGCGGCCGCGAGCAAGGGCGAUAGCGCUGGCCAGGACGUCGGCCCGAAGGCGAGCGAGCUGACGGGCGUUUGGGUUGACGUCCAGAAGCUCUUCCCAGACAGCAGUACCAAGGCCGAGCUGCUCGACGCGAUCAACUUGAAAUGGGCUGCCCGAGAGGAGUGUCGGAGGCUGUUCGACGACGACGGCGACGAGCUCAUCUGUGCUCACCCCCUCAACUCGCGCAACGUCUACAGCGCCCAUCGGAAGUACUGCCUUCGCGUCCUGGCGGACGGGUACGACCCGCGUGGACGCGGCGUUCCCCCAGCAGUGGAGGGCGCCGACCCUAACAGCACGCAGCUCCUUGGUGGCAAGCAACUGAUGAAAGCCAUUUGCAGCGCGAUACAGAAGGAGCCCAUGAACCCGAACUGUCUCAAAGUGAAGCAGGAGGGUUACAAGGUGUGCAUCUUCUCCAAGGAUAUGCCUACCUGCGUUAUGAAAGCUCUCGUCGAACAUUCCAACGCCAACAACCGCGGAGUUAAGGAUACUCUUCCCGACCGCAUCAGCAAGGUGCCUGAUGCCAUGGCGAGCUUCAGCAGCCAUAUAAAGAACACCCUGCGAACUACCAAGAAUGCCAUGCCAACCAAGGGGGAGUACACUUACUAUAAAGUGCAGGCGAACUGCAUCAAGACGAACUUCAGCGAUAUUUACCCUACUUGGCAGGUCUGGAGGGAUAGCAAGCUCAUCUUCAAAAACGUGAACGCAAUGCCGCCGUUCGUAGAUAAGGACAAAGCCGCCAGCCCCAUCCUUGAGAGGGAGCAGCCGCGCGGCGGGCAGCUCGCCAAGUUCAUUGAGUUCGUGGAGGCGAACGGUGACGCAGAGCAGAUUGAGUCCGACAUGGGCCGUUGCCUCGGCGUCGUCGCGAAGUGGACCCAGACGAUGGCAUCGGCGAUGCAGCACUUCAACUUUUCGAAGACGGGGGAACUACAGGUGUUCGAGGGGAUCUUCUACACUGGCCUGGAGGCUUGCUUUCACCUCGACCCCCUCAGCGAUAGGUUCAAGAACUUGGAUGGGACCCCGCCAGUACCUAGCAUUGCUCUGCUCAAGUCCCUGGACCAGGUUGAGGAUAAGAUGCGGGCACUUCUUCACAAGGUCGCUGGGGCGGCUGCCUUGCCGCCAGCGGCGUCUCCCACCAAGUCCCCCGCCGCGAAGCCUGCGAAGGGGAAGAAGGAGGCAGACGCAGGGGCGCAGAACUUGGAGGCACUUAAAAAGAUGGCCGAGCAGAGCCCGACACAGAGUGAGACGAUAGCUUGGGUGGACACGUUGAAGACCGCGGUGCUCUCGCCCUUCGUGCUGCUCAAGGAGUACGGCAUGGUCGGUGACUGCCAUGCCGAUGUGCUGACCGUCGUCUGCAGGCGCGCGUUAACAUACGCAUGGCAUGAGACGUGCCCGCCGCUGGACAAGGUGAAGAAGUGGGGGGUUCUUCGCAAGUUGCUCAUCCAGUACAUCUUCCAUCGCCACCCGCAGUACUUCAGCAACAGUUCCCUGCAAGACCUUCGGAUUUCAAAUGCGUCGGGUAGCCAGGGCAGCAGUGGCGCUGCGGGCCCCAGCGACGUGACAGUAUUCGCUAAAUUCAUGAAGGACUUCGAGGACAGCGAUUUCAAGGUGACUGAGGAGCCCGACGGGGUUGAGGCGCCAGCAGCGAAGGUCGCUGGCGAUGCGGCCAUCCAGUCAUCCAGGCGCUUUCGCCGCCUCUACACCGACGAGGGCUUCAUGAUGGGGCUGACGCAGUUUGCGAACUCCUGCAACCUCAACCGCGAGUGGGGCUGGGAGAUGAUCCCCCAGAUCAAGGAUAUCAUGGACCGCUGCAACGGCGUUCUAGAGCAAUCAGCUGGCCCCAGCGAUGCCGUCGGGCUCAACCUUCUCGUGGAUGAGAUUGCCAACCUUAUGUGGAUUGUCAUGGAUGACACGAUGGAGCCGCAGUGGUUCGAGUUCGCCUCGAUGGCGAACCGUUUCGUCUACAGCUCCGAGCAGACCGAUCUCUUGCCCACGUCUGUGAAGGACACUUGCGACGCUGCCUUCGGCAACGCGGAGGGCGCCGUCCGCUUCUUGCACUUGCCAUCGCUGAUCCUGAACGCAGAUGUCGGCGGGGCUGCGUUGUCGAGGUUAGCACUUGCAGAGAGGGCGGCCAGGUUGGAGAAGUCGACGUUGGUAUCGUUCUGGCGCAGCGCGUUGGGCUGCGAUACCCAGGACAACCUCGGCAUCUUGCUCUCGGCGCUCGAGGCGAAGGACGUGCAGAUGAAGGUUGAGAAGGAGGAGCCUGACAAGGCCGAUGGUUCUGCAGGCCCUUCCAAUCCGAUCCCGAAAACCUUCUUGUGCGAUUCGAUCUCCAGUAAGAUCCCUGGUACCACGGGCACCCCUGCGGUGUUCCGCGUCGCGUUGGAUUUCAUAUCUGGUACUUUGAAGCAGCUGGUCAGUCCAGGUGCCCAGAUGACGUUCUCUGCCAACGCGGACUACGGGUGGUCUAACCUUUACGAGGAGGAUGGCGCUCUUUAUUUGGCGACGGUGCCCAAGGCCACGCGCCUCCAUUUCUUCGGCGACGUCGCUAUCACGCCGACGGAGGGGGCGAUCAAGAUCGGUAAUCUCCUGGGCGCGCCGCUCUACGUGUACCGUAAGGUGCCUACUUCAAGCCCAUUCUGCAUACCAGCGUGGCACGCGAAGGUCUUCCAGCAGAAGAAGAAGUCAAGGAAGUCCAAGGGCGGCAAGGGCGCGGGCAAGGUGGCGAAGGGCGAGAGCGGCGAGGCUGCUGAGGAGCCAGCGGUCGAAGACGCGCUCGGCGGAGACUCGGCGGUCGUGGAGCCGAUCGAAGAGCCGCCUGAGAAGAAGCAGAAGUUGACUGGUGCCGACGAUGAGGGGGCUGCCACGCUUACAGCCACAGCGGAGCAGGAGCCGUCGAUGGAGGUCCAGAGCAAGACCAUCAACAUAUCGAUCAAGGCGUCGCUCAAGAAGACGUCUGGCUUCAUGAACAUGUCCACGGUUCCAGACACCAUCCCCAUCACGCUGUUCUUCCUGGUGCCGAUGCCGUGGACGCUCAACAAGACCGACGUGAAGCUGACGCGCCGUGGCGUGCCUGCAAUGCUCACGAAGGCUGCCGCAACUGAUGCUUCAAAGAAGAUUUCCAGCAAGAAAGCUGAGCAGGCGAGCGAUCAGGACCCAUCGGGCCCAUCGGGCAGUGGGAGUAGGUCGUCGACUUCGGAGUCUUCUAAGUUCAAGCACCUGCGCUUCUGA